AUGGCCACGGCGGCUUCUAACCCCUACCUGCCGGGGAACAGCCUGCUCGCGGCCGGCUCUAUUGUGCACUCGGACGCGGCAGGGGCUGGCGGCGGCGGGGGUGGCGGCGGCGGCGCCGGGGGCGGGGGCGGUGGCAUGCAGCCGGGCAGCGCCGCCGUGACCUCGGGCGCCUACCGGGGGGACCCGUCCUCUGUCAAGAUGGUCCAGAGCGACUUCAUGCAGGGGGCCAUGGCCGCCAGCAACGGCGGCCAUAUGCUGAGCCACGCGCACCAGUGGGUCACAGCCCUGCCCCACGCCGCCGCCGCAGCCGCCGCUGCCGCCGCCGCCGCCGUGGAGGCGAGCUCGCCGUGGUCGGGCAGCGCCGUGGGCAUGGCUGGCAGCCCCCAGCAGCCACCGCAGCCGCCGCCACCACCGCCGCAGGGCCCCGACGUGAAGGGCGGCGCCGGGCGGGACGACCUGCACGCGGGCACAGCGUUGCACCACCGCGGGCCGCCGCACCUCGGACCCCCGCCGCCGCCCCCACACCAGGGCCACCCUGGGGGCUGGGGGGCGGCCGCCGCGGCCGCCGCCGCCGCCGCCGCCGCCGCCGCCGUCGCGCACCACCCGUCCAUGGCCGGGGGCCAGCAGCCGCCGCCGCAGAGUCUGCUCUACUCGCAGCCCGGGGGCUUCACGGUGAACGGCAUGCUGAGCGCGCCCCCAGGGCCCGGCGGCGGCGGCGGCGGCGCGGGCGGUGGAGCCCAGAGCUUGGUGCACCCGGGGCUGGUGCGCGGGGACACGCCGGAGCUGGCCGAGCACCAUCACCACCACCACCACCACGCGCACCCGCACCCGCCGCACCCGCACCACGCGCAGGGACCCCCGCACCACGGCGGCGGCGGCGCGGGGCCUGGACUCAACAGCCACGACCCGCACUCGGACGAGGACACGCCGACGUCGGACGACCUGGAGCAGUUCGCCAAGCAGUUCAAGCAACGGCGCAUCAAGCUGGGCUUCACGCAGGCCGACGUGGGGCUGGCGCUGGGCACGCUCUACGGCAACGUGUUCUCGCAGACCACCAUCUGCCGCUUCGAGGCCCUGCAGCUGAGCUUCAAGAACAUGUGCAAGCUCAAGCCGCUGCUGAACAAGUGGCUGGAGGAGGCGGACUCAAGCACAGGCAGCCCCACAAGCAUCGACAAGAUCGCGGCGCAGGGCCGCAAGCGCAAGAAGCGGACCUCUAUCGAGGUGAGCGUCAAGGGCGCGCUGGAGAGCCACUUCCUCAAGUGCCCCAAGCCCUCCGCGCAGGAGAUCACCAACCUGGCCGACAGCCUGCAGCUCGAGAAGGAGGUGGUGCGGGUCUGGUUCUGCAAUCGGCGCCAAAAGGAGAAGCGCAUGACGCCGCCCGGGAUCCAACAGCAGACGCCCGACGACGUCUACUCGCAGGUGGGCACCGUGAGCGCCGACACGCCGCCGCCGCACCACGGGCUGCAGACGAGCGUGCAGUGAAGCCAGGGCGCAGCGCGAAGAGGGCCGCCGCCGCCGCCUCCGCAGCCGCCGUCAGCACCGCCGCCGCCCCCGCCGCCGCCGCCGCCGCCGCCGCCGCCGUUGCCGCUGCCGCUGCGCCGACCCUGCACCUGGGCCGCUCCGGGCUCCAGCCCAGGCCCAUCCUCCGCCCUCCCCUCCACCCAGAGACAGGCAUGCCCGCCCUUGGAGGAGAGAACGCGGGAGAGACAGACCAAGGAGGCAUUUUUACAGUGCAAGGAAGGAGGGGCCAAAAAGUAAAAAGCAUAAUAAACACCCAGACUGUUUUAUAUACAUGUAUAACAAACAAAACCGGAAGAGAAAAAGGGGGCGAUCAUGAGAUCUCGUUUAUACUGUGGUGGUGUUUCGUUUUUGUUUUUGUUUUUAAAGAAGGGUGAAGAUGCCUGACGCACCAAAACUGCACUCGUGAGGUUUUACCACCCUGAGAUGACCUACACGGCAGCGGUGGACAGCACCUGCCUCGUCUUCUCCUCUUUGAUAAAAAGAGAGAGAGAGUCCCCUUUCCUUUCACUUUCUCUCCCCAAAAUAGCUGCCUAAAGAGAUCCACGGAAACUUUAUUUCCUGGGAGCGACCUGAGAGAAAACAGAGGCACCAGGUUCCAUCAGGGGACGACACCGUGCUCUGGGACCCUGUUUUUCUUGGCCAUAUUAAAGUCAUUUGGAAACAAACGAAUCAACUCUGAAAUGGGAAGGAGGGGGAAAGAAAACAGUCUCCAGGAAAAAAAUAAUUAUAUUGACAGCUUCUGAAACUAACAGACUGAAUAGCAAAGCCAAAAGAAAAGUAUCCUCAAAGUAACCUUGGAAAUAAAAGCAUCGGGAAGGAGCAGAGGGAGAGGGGGACGUCCGCUGAGGAGUGGCGAGAGGCCCCGGCCGAGUCGGGUCGCAGGCGGGCGGGCGGACUGGGAGCAGAUCGGGGGCCCAGCCAGCAAGGCCGCCGAGCCAGGCCCGGCCGCGUAACCAGGCUUUGACGGCUGCCAUUCAGGGUGGACGAUGCCUAAAGAUUCCACCGCUAAUAUUUUUUUUAUUAAUAUUUUUAUUUUUUAUUUCUGGACUGACUCAGAUAAAGGAAUUUAGAAAGACUGAGCACCAGCCGCCGCACUUCUCUGGACUUCUCUCCUCAAUCCGUUGCCAACUUUGAUUGAAUGGGUGCUGUGGAUGUGAUUAUAUAAUACUGCCAUUUCCAAGCAGUGUUUUUGGUAGGUUUUAAUAAACAGACUUUUCAAAAGACGGCAAUAUAGAAUUGUUAGAUCCGUUGUUGAUCUAAAAAUAUUUGCUUUAUAUUUUCAUUAAAUGACUUCUUUUAAUAUUUUAUUCAGAAUACUUAUGAACUGCUGCAAAACGGUAAUUUAUUUUUCCCCAGAUCUUGUAUUACGUGUUUUUUUCAGACGAGCACAAAUCAAAAUGAAAUGAAAAUAUGGACAGUUGUUAGGUAAUAAGGGUAUCUUUUGAUGUGAUCAUUUGAUUGUAAUUUAAUUUGAGUAGUGAUUCCGUAAGAGCUGAUCGAGAAAAUAAAUUUGUUAGAAUGAAA